CGACCUCGAUCCCCUCCACCUUCGCCCAACACACCCCCACCUAACUCACUACCUCCCAUGGCCGGCGUGCCAGCAACCCUCUCCCACUGGUCGUCGCUGUGCCCUCACCCCUCUACCUUUCUCCGACCACCGCCCCUCGUGCUGCACCUUCCCCCAACCCCACGCCCCACCUUCUAUGCCAGCCGCCACCCUCCUCUUUCUCUAGUGCCACCCACGGCAAUGGCGAGAUCCACCGCCACCGGGCCUCGGCACGGCCUCAACCACCGGAUCCGGCCACCACGGCCCCCCGGCGCAGCCUCAACCACCGGAUCCGGCCACCACCAGCCCACGACACGGCAUUCAACCACCGGAUUCCGGCUACCACCGGCCCCCGACGCGCCUUGAAACCACCGGAAUUGGCCGCGACGGCCAUGGGUGCGGCAACCAGCCCCCCAUCUUCCCUUGGGCGGCUGUGAACUUCAUCUCCAUCACCGAUGAGCCUCCCCUCUCCUCUGGCCGGAUUCCAGCGAUCUCCAUCGUGCCAUGGCCUGUCUCGCGCCGGAUUCGGCCGCCGGGGCCACUGGAUCCAUGGCAAGUGGAUCCCGUGCGUGCUAGAUCCGGCUGUGGUGCGCCCCUCCACUCCAUGCAGUUCUCUUCCCAUGAGGCUCGCCGUUCUCGAUCCCGAGAUCCUGGGCUCCUCAAUGACGACUCUGAAGCACAACCGUGGCCGAGGGCAAUGGCAGCACCGCCGCCGGACGGCCGGAGUCCUGCUCCUCUCCUUGUUCUCGUCCUUGUUUGUGUUCAGGCGCGGCUAUCAGUGUCGGCUGCUGCGGGCGUCACGUGCAGCUCGUCCAAUGGGGUCGAGAAGUAUGUCCCAUGGGACAGCACAGUACUGUGUGGAAUCCUAGUACUGGACUGGCUUGGUCUUUCAACGAGCUCCACCGGUCGUCCGCCGGCGGGAUCCUCUGUGCAGGUUGCUUCUCAUUGUAGCUCGGUUGGGUCGCCGGUGCAGUACGCAGGCACGUGAGAGGAUGACAGGCGCGUAGUUUGGUUUCGGUCGUGCUUCGCUUCGGUAUGGAUGCGCGCGUCAUGCGUUUUACUCGACUACACAUAGAAGGUUCUUGGACUCCGUUGGUGUGUAGUUUCGGCAGUGGCUCGUCAUCUUGUCCCGUGCUUUGCAGCUGGUGCCACUGCGUGUGCAUUUUAGUAGUUGGCCGCCCCGUGUAGUUUAGUUAAUGUGUUUGUAUCUACAAAGAAGGUUUUUGUUUUUGAGCACAUACCAUGCAGUUUGGAGCAUGUGAACAUCCAGUGCAGAAUGGUGCAUUUUGUUUUUGAGGAGUUUAUGUAUAAAAAUUA